CAGCCUGUCAGUAAACCCAGACCUAGAGGGUCUUCCUGAACUGAUGGUGUCCCAGCCUGGUUGUGGCUUUGCCAUCCUGCUGUGCACAUGGACACAACAGGGCUCCUCUGAGGCGGGGCCUGGGGAGGAGGCUCCACCCACUCCUGGCAGGCACACUGACACUGAUGGACAGUUCAGAGCAGUUGAAGUGGUCAGUGCAGGUGGAUCACCAGCUUUUUGCUCUGCAGAAGCUGGACAUCACAGGCGACGGCAGAGAGGAGGUGGUGGCGUGUGCCUGGGAUGGUCAGACCUACAUCAUCGACCACAACCGCAUGGUGGUGCGCUUCCAGUUUGACGAGAACGUCAAUGCUUUCUGUGCAGGUCAGUACACCUGUAAGGAUGGCAAGAACAGCCCCUGUCUGGUGUACGUCAGCUUCAACCACAAGAUCUAUGUGUACUGGAGGGUGGAGCUGGAGCGCAUGGAGCCCACCCAUCUCCUUAGGGUCCUGGAGGAGAGGCCAGAGUUCAAGGCCCGGCUGGAGCAACUGGGAGUGGGUGCAGAAUGCUUUGUAUGGAGGAUUGACAGGGGUGUCCUGUACAGAUGAGCAAUACCAGUGGAACUCGGGGGACGCAGCGGAAUUUCGCUCCAAAAAGGUUGAGCGAGAUCUGUUUCAAACGUCACAAACCAAGUGACGAGUUCUCUGACAGCACCACAGCCGCUUCUCCACCUCUACCUCCAACUCCUGCAUGCCACUCCCACAACGCACUUAAACGUUUGAAAGGAGCCAAUGUUCCAGUGUGGAGCUUUCUACACAAGUGCAUCAAAGCUUAACCAAACAGUCAUUAGGUUCCAGCAGCAGCCACACAGCUACAACAGCCUUAUGGUGAACAUGGCAUCAACAUGCAGUGUCAGAAAUGCUUGUCAUAUUAUGACAUCUAUGUUAAGCUGGAGGAGUGUAAAUGUGCCAGCUUGGAGGAGGUCACUAAAGCACAGAGUGCCUCCCAUGCAUUGUAUGACGCGCGUUAGCUUUGGAUCACUGCUAGCUCAGCAAAGAAGGUUCCUGUGCGCACCUCAACAAAUCCCGACUUCGUUGUGCGGGAGAAUCUCUUCCCCCGGGUUCAGCAACUACAUAUAGCAAAGAGAACGAGCAGGUGGCCUACACAUGGAUGGAGAGCUGAGGGUUUAGUCUGGAGAGUGGAGGCACAAUAGUGAGUGUCAAGGAGCCAUGUUUUUUUUCUGCAAGCCCAGAUGGAGUGUUUAAACUCUCAAGAACUAUUAGAAAUCAAAUGUCCCCUUCUGAUUAAGAAGUGUGAGUCUCUGACUGAAAUGUUCUCUGGCAAACUCACCGAUGUGAAGCUGGUGCAUGGGGUUACUCAACCUAAUGGAGCCCGUGGGUACUACAUGCAGGUGCAAAUGGGCAUGUUCUGCACAGGACUGGAGAGAUGUGCUAGCAGUUGAUGUUAUUCUUCAAUAACACAGACCCCAAAGCAAAUCAGGGGGAGAAAAAUAUAUUUAUUUAAAGAGAACAAAUCAUAGUUGAAAGUAGAUGGUAGAUGUUUAUUCUUCCCUGUCCUCAAUGUUUCUCCUCUGAACAAAGAGACUGGAUGGAGUUUAUAACCCAACCCUAGCCCGUGGUUGACCAAUUAGAAUGUCUUGCAAUAAAACUGGGCCAAUGGCCAAAUAACAAAUAUCCUGUUUCAGGCUCAAUGUUUAGACAAUUCGGACCAAUGAGAACAUGCCACAUGGAGCUAUGAGUCCCAGACUGAAAUUCCUCCCGUGUCCCUGACCCAUUAAUCUUCAGUUUCCCAUUACAGAAAAACAACUAUUUCCAUUGAUAAUUAAUUCCCUCUUGACCUUUAGUCCUCUGAGUUGUGUAUUUAUCUUUGAAUACUCGUACGGAUGCAAACUGCUUGUCUGGGCUCCAUCCGAGCAGGUUGUUAUUGAUGUGCCUUUUGAUGUGAGGUUCUGUGCUGAUCUUAUCCCUAAACUAAAGACAUUCUAUUUCACACACAUGCUGCCAAGGAUAGUAGAUGAGUUCCAGUCAGGCAGACUAACCCUGUGCUCCAAAUAUGUUCAUCUAUGUGGUAUCUAGGGGUCUUAUACUUCUCUGUUUUUAAAUGGUUCAUAUAUUUUGUGUCUUGUAAAGCUCUGUCAGCUCUACCUUAUUAUCUAAGCAUAACUCUUGGUGUUUUUGCACAUUUACCUGAUUUUAUAUUUGCAUAAUUCUUGUUUUUUUUAUAUCUUGCCUUGUACAGCUCUCUUCAUACUUGUUUAUCUAAUGCCUACGGAUAAUGAUUUAUGAAUGUUUUUAUUGGCCCUUGUAUAACUCUCUUUUCAUAUGGCACUUUAUGAAUUUAUCUCAGCAUAUCAUAAUUCAUCUUGCACUUGGCAAAUGAUGGUGUUAAUAAAACCACUAUGAAAUUCAA